AUGCAGCAAACCUCUUAAUAAGAUGGGCAAUAAGAGAGUGAGCACCCUUGCUAAAGCAAAAUUUUGUUUAAAAAUCUCAAUCAAAGUUAAAACUGCAAUAAGCAUUAUUGCUUCCUAGAUCUCCCGAAAGAAAAGGAAACUAAAGAUAGCAAGUUAGAGAUUAAUUCGUAUUUACAGGAAUAGAAAAUCAGUCAAAUUUUAGAUAUGAAUAAGGAGAUUAAAGAAGUGGAUCAAGGCCUUAUUAAACAAGAAACUGAAUACAUAAGUGGAAACCAAUAACUAUAAUCUGAUUAAAAGUUUAAAGAAUGCAAGUUAAUGAAAAGUAAACAUCUUAAAAUCUUUGAAUGUUAAAUCUGUAAAAUAAAGCUUACGAGAAAGGAUAACCUCUUAAAGCACAUUAAAAACAUUCAUAAUAAACAAAAACGUUUCCAUUGUAAUGUUUGUUAUAAAUAUUUCACAGAAAAAGGAAACUUGAAUGUCCAUCUAAGAACGCACUCUGGCUCAAAACCAUUUAAAUGUGAGAUUUGCAGCACAUCAUUUACUUCAAAAGGGAAUCUUGAGGAUCAUUUAAAACGGCAUUACAAGCAAAGAAGAUUCUAAUUGAAUAAACAUUUUAAGAAAUUUCACUAUUCAAAUGAGAACAUGACAUAACUUAACUUGAAUGAUUAGAAUGAGAUAGAUGAUAUUGAUAUGAAAGAUUACGAUAGAGAAGUAUUAAAAUCAUUUUUAAUACCUCUAUCUAAAAAUAAUCCAAGAUGA